AUGGCCGAUCCUCAGCAGAACUCACGAUACCGUGCUCAUCACAAUCCUCCUGCUCCGGGAUCCCAACGCGACAAUGAUUUCGCAAACAUCUUUGGUACUGCUCCGUCCGGACGUUCACACACAAUGACCUCUCAAUCAAACCCAAUGCCCCUAAAUGGGCGCUCUCAGACAAUGACAUCUGCCUCACAAAUGUCUGCUCCUGGCUAUGGCGGUGGUAGCGGGCCAAACGGAUCACCGCGUCAACAAAGACAAGGACACCCACCGAACGGCUACCCACCUCAGAAUCCAUCUGGCUAUCCACAGCACGCCCAAAAUCCCAACUCUAGGAUGCAAUCACAACCCCAAAAUUUACCGCAACCUAUGUAUCCCGAGCGACGACCUUAUCCCCAGCCAAUGCGUGUCCAACCCCCUGGUGCCCCUCCCCCAAACCCCAAUAUGACCAAGCCAGCACCACACCGGUAUUAUCCACCACCACCUGCGCUGAAUAACGACCCUUACCGUUCCAGAUCUAUGGCAGCUUCGUACUCACCUAAUAUGGGACCCCCAGGGCCUUCAUUCGCUGGCUACCAGGGAACAAGACCUCCGGGUCCACAAAUGUCGAGAACCACAGCUCAGGGCAGGGUUGUUCCCGAAAGGCAUGACGAAAGGACAAUGUCAUUGACCACAUAUUCUCAUGAGCGGGACCAUGCGCAAACGAUGAGUGGGAGAGUGAUACCACACAGGCGUAAAGACUCCCAGGAAAGUCAAUAUAGCCAAUAUAGUCAGAGUGGGCAACCAUCGGGUCAGCAGCGACUCAACUCCAUGCCUGCAAGAGAAAACAAUUUCGCCGCUAAACAAAGAACGCCAAGCUCUGCAAGUAAUUCUUCAAGCAUUACUGCAUUCUCCGCUUCCGCUGCCCCCUCCACAACUUCGACAUUCACACAGGCCACUGAACGGCCUUCAAUGCACAAAUCCGGAACAUCCUCCUCCGGAGGGGGGGGAGGGAUGGAAAUCCCACCCCAGAAGCGAGCACCACUCGUAUAUCCAGCUCUAUUAUCUCGAGUCGCAUUUGUAUUAAGGGAGCGGAUAUUGAUUGGGGAUCGGGAGAAGAAUCAGCUGACCUACAAAUCAGCAUUUACGGGCGCGGAAGCUGUGGAUGUAAUCGCAUAUAUAAUCAAAACCAGCGAUCGGAGUCUUGCGUUGCUUUUGGGUAGGGCUCUUGAUGCUCAAAAGUUCUUUCACGAUGUUACAUACGACCAUCGAUUAAGAGAUUCACAUUCGGAGGUUUAUCAAUUCAGGGAUGGUAAUGCUGGUAUUGUCGAUGAAGAAAACGAAGUUAACGGGGUAUUCACUCUCUUAACAGACUGCUAUUCGCCUACUUGUACACCACAGCAGCUAUGUUAUUCCAUAGCUUGCCCUCGUCGCUUGGAACAGCAAGCGAGAUUGAAUAUGAAGCCACAGCCUGGUCUAAGGAGGGAAGAGUCAAGGUCUAGCUUGCAUGGUGAUGACGAGAAGGAACAAAAGUUGUGGAUUCACACAGUACCGAAGGAGAUCGCAGAGGGUGUUUCGGAGAAGGAACAGAAGAGGCAAGAGGUCAUUUGCGAAUUAAUAUACACAGAGAGAGAUUUUGUGAAGGAUUUGGAGUACCUUCGGGACUUCUGGAUGAAGCCGUUACUUUCGAAGAACCCCAACAGUCUUUCGCCGAUUCCUGAGCACCGCCGUGAAAUAUUUAUCCGUACAGUUUUUGGCGAUGUAAUGGAAGUUCACGCCGUCAAUUCUCGUCUGGCAGAAGCUCUCACUCGGAGACAACAAAUCUCGCCAGUUGUUCACAACGUCGGUGACAUUUUCCUAGAAUUUGUGCCGCAAUUUGAGCCUUUCAUUAGGUAUGGCUCGAACCAGUUAUACGGGAAACAUGAGUUUGAAAAGGAGAAGGCUGCAAACCCAGCUUUUGCACGUUUCGUGGAAGAGACUGAACGUAAGAAAGAAUCACGGAAAUUGGAGCUAAAUGGCUACCUUACGAAACCAACAACUCGUCUUGCUCGAUAUCCAUUACUACUGGAGGCUAUACUUAAACCUACGUCUGAAGAUAAUCCCGAUAAAAAAGAUCUAAAGAGGGCAACCGAGCUGAUUCGAGAAUUCCUUACUCGAGUGAAUAUUGAAUCAGGGAAAGCGGAAAAUCACUUUAAUCUCAUGCAGCUCAAUGAACAACUCGUAUUCAGACCGGGGGAGACAGUUGAUCUAAAACUGACAGAGGAGGGAAGGCAGCUCCUGUUUAAGGGAAGCUUGAAGAAAAGCGCAUCUACAGAUGGUGGGGGAGAUAUUCAAGCAUUUCUAUUUGAUCAUGCCUUACUGCUGGUUAGAAUAAAAGUGGUGAACAAAAGGGAGCAAUACAAGGUGCAUCGAAAGCCAAUACCGCUUGAAUUACUUGUUAUUACUCAAAUGGAAGAGGUUCUUCCCGGAAGGGCAGGGGGGAUUGCGAAACGGCCUUCUUCGAGUCUCAUCCCCGGAUCGUCUAAGACAGAUACAAAAAAGAUACCGAAUGACUUUAAUAACAAAGAAAAAGGAUACCCAAUCACUUUCCAACAUUUGGGGAAACGGGGUUAUAUCGUUCCCCUGUUUGCUGGUUCAGUAGUUAGUCGAAGGAAGUGGAUUGAACACAUUGAAGCUCAACAAACCGUGCUGAGGGAGAGAAGUAACAUAUUUACACGAACAAUUCUUUGCGACCAGUUCUUCAACGCAGGCAAUCGUGUUAGCUGCCUUGUGCCCAUUGAUGGUGGCCGAAAGCUGGUAUACGGAACGGAAAAUGGCAUUUACAUAUCUGACCGGAAGUACAAAGAUGGAUCUAUGCCAAAGAAAGUCAUUGAAGUCAGUAAAGUCGAGCAGAUCGACGUAUUGGAGGAGUUUUCGAUUAUUCUCAUUCUCUCAGAAAAGACCCUUAUGUCUGUUCCUGUCGAAGGACUUGAUCCCAACGAUACAACCCUUGCCAAUAAACGGCCGAAGAAAGUCAUUGGACACACUAAUUUCUUCAAAGCCGGUGUGUGCUUGGGACGAGUGCUUGUUUGUUGUGUGAGGAGUUCAUCUCUAUCGUCCACUGUGAAGGUGCUAGAACCGCACGACACUCUGGCUCGCGGUAAAAGAACGCCUGCUUUCCGUAAACUCUUACAAGGAGGACAGGACACACUAAAGCCGUUCAAGGAAUUUUAUAUCCCAUCAGAAUCAACUUCAAUACACUUCUUGAAGUCUAAGCUGUGCGUUGGGUGUUCGAAGGGAUUUGAAGUUGUCAGCUUGGAAACCCUGGAAACUCAGUCUCUUCUUGAUCCUGCGGAUACAUCCUUAGAGCUAUUCCAGAGAGAAAACGUCAAGCCGAUAGCCAUCUACAGGCUGAACGGCGAGUUCUUACUUAACUAUUCAGACUUUUCGUUCUUUGUCAACAGAAACGGAUGGAGAGCACGACCUGACUGGCAAAUUGCUUGGGAAGGUCAACCGACUUCUUUUGCGCUUUCAUACCCCUUUAUUCUUGCUUUCGAACCCAGUUUUAUCGAGAUUCGAAAUGUGGAAACUGGUGGUUUGGUGCAUAUUGUGACAGGAAAAAAUAUUCGAAUGCUUCAUGAGUCAACGAGAGAGAUCUUGUAUGCGUACGAAGAUGAAGGAAAGGAGGUGGCAACAAGCGCUGAGGUUAGAGGGAGCGUGGGUGGACUUUGA